AUGGACAGAGGAGCUAAGCUGCAGAAGCUGGAAGCUUUCAAACGAAGGCUACCGCCUAUGUCGGCUGCAGCCAUGUCUGCUCUUUUGCAAGCGGUGGAAUCGUCUGGCCUACCGGAAAUGCAUGGAAGAAAACAUGUCAAGGAGGCGACAGAGAAUGCACUCGAACAGCAUUCUGCUUAUGGUCCAUUGCUUCAGAGCAUGGCAGUGCAGGACAAGGAUGGUGCUGAACAGACUCUCAUAUUCGUCAAUUUUUUUUCGUUUCUACAAGCCCUGUGGCUCGCCUCUGCUGAGUGGAGACGAUUGCUCCAUGGCAGUAGCACUCGUGCUCCUUGCAGGCUAAUCUUUUACUCCGACGAAAUCAAUUGUGGAAACCCGUUGGCGCCUGAAGCAUCCCGGAAAGUCUGGGCAAUCUAUGUAUCAUUUUUUGAGCUAGGCCCCAUCAACCUGAGUAAAGAAGCCUCAUGGCUGCCGCUGUGCUUGGUCAGAACCACUGUGGUGUCCAAUUUGCCUGGUGGUAUGAGCCAAGUGGCUGGCAUGCUGCUGAAAUCUAUCUUCGUCUCUGGCAAUGCGAGCCCUGAAGCAGGAGUGCUGUUGAAGCGGCCUGAUGGUGGAAGAGCCGAAAGGCUGUUUUUCAGGCUCGCUGCAUUCCUACAGGAUGGAGCAGCACACAAGCUGCUUUUCUCGAUAAAGGGGGACGCAGGUACUCGGUGUUGCUUGCUUUGCCGAAACAUUCUGGCGAACAAUAGCAUUGAGCUAGCAGAAGCUCGAUUGCUGAAUCAGUGCUUCAAAGAGGAUUUCAGCCGAAGCAUCAUGAAGCUGUUGGAGAAACAUGAAGAGCUGACGAAGACCGACUUUGCUUUGUGGCAGCAGGCCGUGGGCAUCGUUUAUCAGCCUGAGAGCUUGAUCUUUGACCCGGAACUCUGCACUGUCGCCAAGCCUGUCAGCCAAUGGCUUCACGACUGGAUGCAUGCCUUUUUCGUCAAAGGCAUUUGGAACACUUGCAUGCAGCUCACUAUGAAAGCUGCUGAGAAAGGCCUUGGCCAGGACUUCUACAAGAUCUGUGCUGAUUAUGUGGAGCAGUGGAUUUUGCCUCGUUCGAAAUCGCAGAAUCUGGCUAAAUUGUUUACUGCGAAGAGGAAGGAAGCCAACAAAAGCGCUGAGACCUUCAAGUGCACAGCUUCCGAAGCCCUGGCAUUGUAUCCCAUCUUCACGUGCCUUUUGGUAAAUGUCUUGCAACCCUUGGGAAUCUGCUCCAUGGAAAUCGCUGUAUGCAUACACCUCAGAGAUGUGCUCGAGCUGCUUCAAGCUGUGCCCCAUGGGGUGACGACACCUCAAAGAUUGAGAACAGCUGUCGAGGGCUUCUUGUGCAGUGCUCGAGAUGCAGGGUGGCAAGAUGAUUUCCACCCUAAGUUUCAUUGGAUACUCCACUUACCUCGGCAUUUAGCCAAAUUCGGCUGUUUACCUUCUUGCUGGGUUCAAGAACGAAAGCACAGACACAUCAAGAGACACGGUGCUCUCAUGCACAACACGAGUCACUUUGACAAGUCCUUGCUAGUGGAGGCACUGGGCCAGACUUUGGCGGACUACCAGGACGAGCACCUCUUCGACACAGCCGCAAGGCUGCACCAGAAAUGCAAGCCGUCCAAGCAGCUGAAAGGCUUCCUUCGCGAAGUCUUGCCACUCGACGAGGAGGUCUACACAUGUGCAGCAGCUCACUUGGCUCCAGCCGGCCACUGUCACAAGGGAGAUGUUGUGAUCAUGAGAAGCUGUGAGCUUGCAGAGGUCUAUUUCCAUGCCGAGGUUGGAGGCAAGAUGUUUUCGUUGGUCAACGUGCUCGAGAUGCAGCAGCAUGACUGGAAGCAUGGUACAUGCAUCUGUCAGAAGCAGGAAGCUGCGAGCUUGGUAGAGACCGAAAACAUCAUGGCUGCUGUCGCUUAUAGCAGAAAUGCUGACGGCAGCCUUCGGGCUUGGAUCCCGAAGGAAUGCAGACCCUGA